AUGAAAUUGUUGAAAUGCGUAGCAUUUCUGAAUGUUUUAGAGCUAGUUACUGGCGGAAAGAAUAAGAAUUUGUUAACUGAUGAAAUUGAGGUUUUUAAAAAAAUUAACAAUAAGCUGAAAGAGAACCGUUCCGAAAAUUAUGAAAAUUUCUGGGAUUCUGUCGACAAUUCUUUUGCUAAGAUCAAUUUAACACUAAAUAUUGAUCCUUCUUCUAAUAUUUUGGAUAAAUAUUUGAAUUUGUGUACUUUAAUGCAGAAGGUGACUUGGGGAAAUAAGAUCUUUAUUAAGAAAAUAACCCCCGAGGAAUCCAAAAAUAUCGCAAAAUCUUAUGAUUUGACACAAAAUGGUGACUGCAUUUUACUCAUUGACGAUACACCUAAAGUUGAAGAGGUAAAUGAGGAUAGUAAUUUGGAUUUCCCUUUUGAUGAUGAGAAUAUAAUUUCACGAGUUUUGAACAAGUAUAGGAUUCAGGAUGAGAAUUAUAUAGUUCUGACUAGGAAAUCUGUUCCCAUAGGUUCAGGCUUAGGCGGCGGUUCCUCUGAUGCUGCUGUAGUUUUGAACCGUUUAUUUGCCAACAUAAAGUUUGGACUUGCCAAUAUCGGAUCAGAUUUACCUUUUUUAGCUUCAGAAUGUAACUUGGCUAGUGUGUUUGGCAUAGGUGAUAAGAUGUAUGAAUAUUAUAACAGGAACUUAUAUUCAGGCUGGGUGUACUUGUUAAUACCUUAUGAAAGCGUAUCAACUAAAGCAGUUUAUAAGAAGGCCAGAGAAUUAAUCACUUCUGGGAAACUCCCGAAAUGUGAUUUUCACGCCGUUAUUAUGAAUUCUGCUAAUCUCAUCAACAAAAUUAACCCUCUUGAUGCAGAUAAUAGUUUUUUUAAAUACUACAAAGUCAAUAAUGACUUGGAGAAGUGUACAACUAAUUCAAAGGUGAAGAAGUUACAGAAAAUUCUAAAGAGGAGAUUUAAGAAGAAUAAGUUUUCUAUGAGUGGAAGUGGCUCUUCAUUUUUUGUUUUCUCAGACAAUGACGCAGACGUAACAGCUGUUAGGGAAUCCUACAAAGAACCUCUAAUUAUUGUUAAAACUAAGUUUAAACAGGAUAACAACGCUCAUGAAUUUCAUUAUUUAUAUACUACACACUAUUAGUGUGUACAGUAGUGUGGGUAUUACACAGUGUAUAAAAUAAAAUAUAUUGUAUAAAAUUAGGUAACUUCAGUGCUAACGGU